UUCGAUGGCUUAUUGUCUGCAGGAUUCAGUCUAUUGGAAAACCGACAAGUUUGAGAGUCGACAAGAGGCUGCUAGUCCCAAGCAGCGAUUACGGCAAAGACGAAAAUGCCUCCCAAAGCCCGUCGACUAAUGCAGCAUUUACGCCUCCAGCAAUCUAGUUACUUGACAAAUCAUUUGCUUAUUGCAACUAAUUGAUUGUCCCUUCCGAUGAAAGUCUAUAUUCGCAGGCCGCGGUUCACCUGACAUCAUUGCUGGUGGAGUUGAGAGGUACAUUAUUGCUGCAACUGGCGAUGUGCAGACGGCAGGCGCACCGGCGCUCUAAAGCUAAAGCAGGGCCAUCGACCAGCACUGCUAAGACUAAUAUAGCGUACAACACUUCGAAACGACAGCGAUGGCACGGCCGACGAGCGAGACAUUUCAUUCGUGCGGGCCAGAAGGAAAACGAUACCUUAGGUGCCGGCUUGGGUGGCAUUGGUGCCUUAUCGACAACGACAACCACAUAUGCGCUGUCCGAUGAUCUGUCGGAUCACAAAGACGUGUCGUCGGCCAUGUUGCAUGUUUCAUCGCUCGAGUUGCCCUGCUGGAUGGGGUUGUUGAUGCUACUUGCUAGCAGUCUGAUAGUGUUUUGUUUUGUUUUUGUUCUGUUGUGCUCCCUCGCGUUCAAGUGGAGUGCAGGAAAGCCCCUCCUCCUACGGAGUACACCGCGCUUUUUGGUGGAGUCCACUACAAAAACAACAACAAAUAGCAACCAAUAUGCACCAGGCAUCGAGGGGCGAUACUGCGAUAGACGGCGAGUGCGAACCCGCUUUCAAUGUAGUAGACUCGAAGCUAUUGAAAAACAGUUUACUCGAUUCGGCACCUCGGAAUAGCGGUGAGGCAGCUUGCCUACCAUUAAACACUAUUAAGGUCACAACGAGCAUGCAGCUUGCAUGAGAACCCAAGCCGAGAAAGGUAUCGGCGUGCCAGGUCAAAGCUCCCUCGACUGCAUACGAUGCGAACACCUGGUUCCACAUCGCGGCCAGCGAGGUGGCUCGCAGGUCCCCUCCAGCACCAAUAGCUUCGGGUCCAUGCCGACGCGAUGGCAAAAUCUCGCAGAAGCGCUACCUUGGUGUCGUCAGGAAGACUUGAAUGAUUUGUACGUCGGG